AUGGCCUGUGUUCGUGAAGACUAUCGCAUGUCCGACAACGCCGAAGAGGUCGUUGUUUGCCAAAAGCAAGAGGCAGCUCGGAAAGACGUAGAGCAUGCAUUCGGAGUCCUCCAAGCACGGUGGGGUAUAGUGAAAGGUGCGGCCUGUGGAUGGCACCGUCCACUAAUCGCUGACAUCAUGUAUGCAUGUAUCAUAAUGCAUAACAUGAUCGAUGACGACGAAGGAGACUAUGUCACGGUAUGGAGCGACGAUGCAAGCUCCAGCACCACGAGUUCGUUCGUUGUACAUGACCCUCUAGUGCAGGGUGUUCCUCUUGACAUGCGCAAUGUCAUGGCCCGUUCAACUGAGAUGUGCAAAAAGGAAGCACAUACUCGCCUCCAAGCGGAUCUAAUUGAAUAA